AUCUAUUGAUUUAUAAAAAGGUAAAUGUGUCUAAUUUUCAAUUAUCGAAAUAAUUUCGUUUUCGUAAAAAAAUACGAUAGAGAAAUCAUUUAUUUUAUAUUUUAUCCUUUAGUUUACAUGUGAAUUUAUAAUAUACAGAAUUCGUAGUGAAAAUGAAAAAAAUUUUCCUUACACUCUGCGUGACAAUUUUGAUGGCAAAUAUUGUCAACGCUGAAAAUGAUGAUUCGGAGGAAUUUUUAAGUCAAGAAGACAUCAUUGAAAGUGAUGGCCUGCAGGAAAUUUUAAAUCUAGAAGCCAAUGCAUUUCUCGGUUAUCCAAAAAUGUUAAUUUCCCGAGAUGUUUAUUUGGAUGUCUACAAUAAUAUUGAAUUAGACGAGGAAUCUGGAAAAUGUAUUCGUCCCUUAAGAAGCUGCGGUAAAAAUAACGAGCGUGAAUGCUGCCGAAAUCUCAGAUGUGGAAGAAUUAUCAAACGUUGUCUACCCGCUUGGCUAGUACCAAAACCUCCAGAAACAACACCUGAAACAAAUUAUUAAAAUUCAGAAAAAAAUUUAUAUUUAAAAAUAAAACCAGAAAUUUUCCAAUAAAUAACAUAAAAGUAAAA